UUACAAUUGAGGGCGAGAUUCUUUAUUUUAACAAUUCUUUUGUUUUCAGUUUUUUCAUGUUAAUUUUAUUUUCUAGUUUCAACAUGUUUCGUGCUGUUCUAAAUAAUUCCCAGCGGGCUUUAAUUUUGGCAAAUUAUGAAGGGCAGAGAGGAUUUGCAACUUUAAAGGAUAUCUCAAUUCGACUUAAAUCUAUUAAAAAUAUUCAAAAGAUUACUAAAUCAAUGAAAAUGGUUUCUGCCGCUAAAUAUGCCAAAGCUGAGCGAGAACUCAAAGGAGCUCGUAUUUAUGGCCAAGGAGCUCAAGUAUUUUUUGAAAAUUUGAUGAAGGAUGUCGCUGCCCAAAAAGACGAUACACCUACUGCAGGAAGCAAACGGAUUCUUGUAAUGGUGACAAGUGAUCGAGGGCUUUGUGGUUCUGUCCAUACAUCAAUCGGAAAGUUGACAAGAAGUAUUUUGACAACCAAACCAGAGGGUGUCGAAUAUAAGCUUGUUUGUAUUGGUGACAAAGCCCGGGCACAAAUGCAGCGUCUUUAUUCGAAAGACUUUCUUUUUACCGCUAAUGAAAUUGGGCGUACUCCACCAACAUUUCACGAUGCUUCAGUUACUGCAAAUGCAAUUCUCUCUUCUGGUUAUGAGUUUGAUGGAGGUGAUAUUCUCUACAAUCAAUUUAAGACGGUUGUUUCUUUUGAGACGAAACGUCUUCCAAUUCCAUCUUUACAAACUAUUCGAAGUUAUCCUCGUUUGAGUAUUUAUGAUUCAAUUGAUGAUGACGUCCUUAAACGUUAUGUUGAAUAUUCCUUGGCUCAGUUAAUUUAUUAUGCAAUGAAAGAAAGUGCUACAAGUGAACAGUCUUCUCGAAUGACUGCAAUGGAUGGAGCAAGCAAAAAUGCUGGAGAAAUGAUCGACAAAUUGACUCUUCAAUUUAACCGAACUCGUCAGGCAGUAAUUACUCGUGAAUUAAUUGAAAUUAUUUCUGGUGCUGCUGCAGUUUAA